AUGCCCGGAAUGUCCACCCUAGCUAAAACCCAUAUAAAGCACGCACAUACCCGAUGGCCGUAUCGCUGUAGAAGAUUGAAAACGAUGUCGGAUGAUGAAAGAGAGGAGAGGGAGCUGAAUCUCACCUCUCCUGAAGUCGUCACCAAAUACAAAUCCGCUGCAGAAAUUGUUAACAAGUCAUUGCAGUUAGUGUUGUCAGAAUGCAAGCCGAAGGCUAAGAUUGUUGACCUUUGUGAGAAAGGGGAUGCUUUUAUCAGAGAGCAAUCGGGUAAUAUGUACAAGAAUGUGAAGAAGAAGAUUGAAAGGGGUGUGGCAUUCCCGACUUGCAUUUCGGUGAACAAUACAGUCUGCCAUUUUUCACCAUUGACCAGUGACGAGACUGUGUUGGAAGAGGGUGACAUGUUGAAAAUUGACAUGGGGUGUCACAUAGAUGGGUUUAUUGCCGUAGUGGCACACACCCAUGUUCUUCAGCAAGGACCGGUGACCGGCAGAGCAGCUGAUGUCAUUGCUGCAGCAAAUACUGCUGCUGAGGUUGCUUUGAGGCUUGUGAGGCCAGGAAAAAAGAACAAGGAUGUCACUGAAGCAAUUCAAAAGGUUGCUGCUGCUUAUGACUGCAAGAUUGUUGAAGGGGUUCUCAGUCAUCAAAUGAAACAAUUUGUGAUUGAUGGAAACAAAGUUGUUUUGAGUGUCUCUAGCCCUGAGACAAGAGUUGAUGAAGCUGAAUUUGAGGAAAAUGAGGUUUAUGCUAUCGAUAUAGUUACAAGCACUGGCGAAGGCAAGCCUAAGUUGUUGGAUGAGAAACAAACGACUAUCUAUAAAAGAGCAGUUGACAGGAAUUACCACCUGAAGAUGAAAGCAUCUCGGUUCAUAUUCAGUGAGAUAAGUGAGAAAUUCCCAAUUAUGCCAUUUACUGCUAGGGCUUUGGAGGAGAAGCGUGCCCGAUUGGGCCUAGUGGAGUGUAUGAAUCACGACCUUUUGGAGCCAUAUCCUGUUCUUCACGAGAAGCCCGGUGACUUGGUGGCUCACAUAAAAUUUACAGUCUUGCUAAUGCCAAAUGGGUCAGACCGGAUCACAUCCCAUUUGCUGCAAGAGCUGCAGCCGACUAAAACUGUAGAUGACCCUGAGAUAAAAGGGUGGUUGUCUUUGGGCACAAAGGCAAAGAGAAAAGGUGGCGGGAAGAAAAAGAAAGGUUAG